GGAACGUUAUACACGAUGAAUACUAGAGAUCAUCAUAAAGCUUUGGAAACCUUUUACAAAUAUCAGUCAUGGAUAUUUCGCUUAUUAGCUCUUUGGAAAUUGCCGGAUACAGUAACUCCACAAUUUCGUAAAGUACAUAAUAUAUAUUUCUACUAUAUAUUAUUUUUUUGGGUGCUCUCAUUCGAUGCCAGUUGUUUUAUACAAUUUAUAACGAAUAUAACCGAUUUGAAUGAAGUGAUUAAAGUAUUUUUUAUAUUUGCUACGGCUCUGGCAGUACUAUCAAAAUAUUCUACCAUUAAAUUAAAAAAUAAUUUAUACUACGAAUUAGUGGAAACUAUACAUAGACCAAUGUUUCGGCCAAUUAACAAAAGAGAAAUGAAAUUGUUCAAAGAGUCACAAAAUUUAAGUCGCACGGUAAGGAACAGUUAUUGCAGCAUUUCAUUAUGUGCCCUACAUGUGGUGUUGAUGACUCAAUAUUUUGUGGAUAAUACGGAGUUGCCUUUGUCCAUUUAUAAUCCCAUAAAUAUGGAUCAAAAGUGGCGUUAUUUAUUGAUGUAUUUAUAUCAAUAUUUAGCAGUGUCAGUAUGCUGCUAUAUGAAUAUAGCAUUUGAUUCGAUAUCAGCAUCAUUCCUUAUACAUAUCAAAGGCCAAUUGGAUAUUUUAUGUGAUCGUUUGGAGAACUUGGGCUCAGAUGAAAAUAAUGUGGUGGAUGAUAAUAAAAUUACAUUCAAAUUAAAAAACUGUAUUAAGUUCUAUGAGGAAAUUGUAAGAAUUACCAGUAUUGUUGAAAAUCUAGUCAGUUUUCCAAUAACAAUACAAAUUGCUUGUUCGGUUUUGGUAUUGGUGGCAAAUUUCUAUGCCAUGUCUUUUCUCUCUGAUCCGGGUGAUUAUGCCAACUUCAUAAAGUUUUUAAUUUAUCAAUUGUGCAUGUUAUCGCAAAUCUAUAUACUCUGUUAUUUUUCCAGUGAGGUCACAUUUAAAAGUCAAGAAAUUUCUUAUUACUUAUACUGUUCGAAAUGGUUCGAAUGGAAUAAACUCAACCGAAAAUUAACGUUAUUAAUGAUGACUCGUUUCGAUCUACCCAUACGUAUUAGAUCACUUAAUCCUACAUUUACUUUCGAUUUGGCAGCAUUUACAUCGAUUGUUAAUUCUUCAUACAGCUAUUUUGCCUUAUUAAAACGUAUAAAUAGUUAA